UAUUUGCAGUUGACAAAAGAAAAAAAGAACACGGUUUCGAUAUUCAUGAAUCAUGGUUAAUUAAGACACGGUUGGUCGGGAGGAAUAACUAGGGAAAAGAGAAAGAAGUCUUUUUUCCUCAAUCCCAAAACGCAGGAAAACAAUGUCGUUUAACAGCUCCCACCUCUUUCCUCCACAAGAAGACCUUCCUCUCCGCCACUUCUCCGAUCAAUCACAUCAACCGUCGCUUCUCACCGCCACUUUCCUCAACCUCCCUCCCACCACAGCCACAACUGACUCCAAUUCUGCUGCUACAAACCGACGGUGGCUCUCAUUCCACAACACCGGAGAAGUAAGUCAUGGAGUCAACGCUGAUGGUGAAAGGAAACACGGUGGUGUUGUUGAUGGAGGUGAAGAUUGGAGGAGGGCUAGUGACAAAGCUGCGGUUUUGAAACAUCCCAUGUACGAGCAGCUUUUGGCAGCUCACGUGGCUUGCCUUAGGGUUGCUACUCCCGUUGACCAGAUUCCGAGGAUCGAUGCUCAGCUCAGUCAGUUACACACUGUAGCCGCAAAGUACUCGUCUCUUGGUGUGGGUAUGGAUAACAAGGAGCUUGAUCAUUUCAUGUCACUUUAUGUUAUGCUUCUAUGUUCCUUUAAAGAUCAACUCCAACACCAUGUCUGUGUCCAUGCAUUAGAAGCCAUUACCGCUUGUUGGGAGAUUGAGCAGUCACUACAAUCCAUAACUGGAGUUUCACCAAGUGAAAGUAAUGGCAAGACAAUGUCUGAUGAUGAAGAUGAUGAUAAUCAAGUAGAGAGCGAGGUUGAUAUGUUUGAUGAAACCUUGGACGGUUCAGAUUGCAUGAUGGGAUUCGGUCCUCUUGUCCCAACCGAGCGUGAGAGAUCAUUGCUUGAACGUGUGAAGAAAGAACUGAAGCAUGAGCUUAAACAGGGUUUCAAAGAGAAGAUUGUGGACAUAAGAGAAGAGAUAAUGAGGAAGAGAAGGGCUGGAAAAUUGCCUGGAGAUACAACUUCUGUACUCAAAGAGUGGUGGCGAAUUCACUCCAAAUGGCCUUACCCAACUGAGGAGGAUAAGGCAAAGCUUGUUGAAGAAACCGGUUUACAGUUGAAGCAGAUUAACAAUUGGUUUAUCAACCAGAGGAAAAGAAACUGGAACAGCAACUGUUCCACAUCAUCUACACUCUCUAAGAACAAACGCAAACGGUAUAACAAGAUUUGCAUUUCCUCAUAGUAUAUAGAUUUAUCAUUUUACAAUUUUAAUCAACAUAUUUUCUCUCUACCAAACUCAGGACUGGGAAGUCGUAGGUUGUUUACCAGAGGAUGAUGAAAGAUACAGUUUCUCUCCGGUUAUAUGGUUCCUAUAGAUUACAAUAUGUAUAGGUGUUGUUACUGAGAUUGCCUAUAAAUCGAAUUGUAGAGCUGUAUUCCUGUUUGUAUCAGUUUAAAAUCUAUGUUUAUUUGUGUAUAUAAAGUAGUUAUUGGAAUUUGUUUUUUUUUCUUUGUAAAAUUUCAUUAGUAUCAAACAAUAUUCAUCACACUUGAAUCGUUAUUUUAAAACAAUAGUUUUGUGUAAAUGCAAGCAGCCAGUAUC